GUAGUAAAUUUUGCCAUUUUCAUCGUUAUUUUGCCUGUGUUACGUGUUACCUGGUACAGAAGAGAAGAUUGACCCAACUAGGCACAAGUAGUGGCUUCAGAGGUUUUACAUCAGUGAUACCCCCUACUUCGCUUGUUUUGAAAUGUGGUCGAAUCGGACUCUGGCGAAAGUGGCCACGUACGGAGCAAUCAUUUUGGUCAGCGGCGCGUUUUACUUGAAAUUCAGGAUAGAAGACCGUCUGAAGGAUCAGCCCUAUUUCAAAACUGCGUUUCACCACUUGCAGCAGCACCCUGGAGCCGGCAAAUAUCUGGGCAAGCCCAUUUCAAUGGGCAGAUUGAAUUUAGAAGACGCACAAAACAACUUCUGUUAUGAGAAUAAAGCGCAAUUUCAAGUGGACGUUAGAGGACCGAAUGGAAAGGGAACUUACUACUUUUGGUCGGAGUUUGAUGAUGAUAAUAAAGUGUGGGUCUUGGUCAAGUCUGAGCUUGAGUUAAGCAAUGAUCCUGAUAGAAGAUUAGUCAUUAAAAAGCUCGUUGUUUAAUUAUAUUCUUUGUUGUAUCAAUAUUAAAAUUGUGAAGAAACAAAA